AUGAGCCUAAAACUCUCUUCUUGCUGACCAAGCUCACGACUCCUAUAUAAAAAAGAAACAAAAACCCCAAGAAGCCUUUCUAAUAUCCUUUUCACACCAAAGAAAGUCAUUAAACCAAAUUUUCCCCAAAGAAGAAAUAGUUUGCUCGACGGCAGUGAAAGUAGCAAUCUUGAUGCGUCUCCUAAGCUGCAUUCACGUAGAUCUCCUCGAAAUGAACAAUCAAUAAAUCAAUCAACCAAUUUUUCUCCAAAUGAUUCCACAAGCAGUUUAAAUUCGAAUUAUCAUAAAUUUAGCUCAAGGACUAUUUUGACUGCGAAAAAUAAAACUAGGGCACAAAGAUCUUCUUCUCUUUUUUCUCCGACCCAGCUUGAGUCGGCAACUCCGCAAUCCACAAAUUUGAGAUCCUCUAAUAAAUCUACAUUAGAAGAUCUUGGAUCAUAUAAUCCAAGGCCAGAAAGAGCAGUAACUAAAACACAUUCAUCACCAGAUUUGACAUCUAGUCUUGGAGAACUGCCCAAUGAAAAACCUAAAUCCUUAGAAAAAUUAUCUUUUCAUUUAUGGAGAGAGUUUUAUAUUUUUGCGUGUCGUUUUAUAUACAAAAGUUUUGUUUGCAAAUAUCAUAAAGAAUUUAAUUUAUUAAACACAAUAGGGAUAAUUCAGUAUUUUUCUAAUACUCUUGCUCACUCCAGAGGAAGGAGUAAAGAAAAUCCUCAGAGUGCACAUCUUCUAGAAAAACUAGUAACCCAAGUGAAAUCUCCAAACUUACAACCCCCUUGCCUCGAAAAAGCCAACGCAAAGCUAAUGCAAAUGAAAGCAGAAACUCUUUAUAAGCAGCACUUAUUUCAAACUUGUCAAGCUUUAAAGCUGAUCAAAAAGCUGCAGCCCCUAAACUGUAUUCAAUUAAAUGAGAAAAAGAUUAAUUUACAGAAAAAGCCGGGCCAUGAAAAUAAAAAAACAGUCAUUUUUGAUUUGGAUGAAACUUUAGUCCAUUGCAAUGGUGUUUGUUAUGAUCUUUAAAAGCUAUUAAUUUGUAUAUAAAACUAAAACAAAUUCGGCUUUAUCUGCCUUAAUAUCAAAAAUUCCAGAUCAAAAAUCAAGCACCGAUUGCAAUGAAAUAAGCAAAAAAUUCACGCCUGACGCUGUUCUCCCAAUUCGCUUUGUUACAGGCGAAGUUAUCAAUGUAAACUUUAAUUAGGCUGGAAUUAAUAUAAGACCCUAUACAAAAGAGUGCUUGGAAUAUGCAAGCCAAAAUUUUGAAGUCAUUGUAUUUACGGCUAGUCACAAAUGCUACGCAGAUGCUGUCUUAGAUUAUUUGGACCCCAAAGGGGAUUUAAUUCAUCACCGAUUCUAUCGAGACAGCUGUAUAAUCAACCAAGGGGUUUAUAUAAAAGAUUUAAGGAUUUUUCUAAAUCGUGACCUUUGUGAUAUGAUAAUUGUGGAUAACGCAGCUUAUAGCUUCGCCUAUUUGUAUAUUUUUUUAAAAGAUUAUUUAAAAGCUCACUUUCAGUAGCCUAAGACCUUAUUCCAUUCCCAAUGAGCUGCCGCUUGUUAAUUUUCCGCAAAUGACCUUGCUACUCCUUUUGGACGGUGUCCGAAGUCAGAAGGUUUGUGAACCUCACUGCGUAUCUGCAGAGUUGCCUUCCAUAAUGUCGAAACUUUAUUUCCUAUUAAAAAACUUUUCUCAAACUUGGGCCCUUAGCUUAUCAAUAAUGCAGCCCCAUCUUCGCCUGCAAAACCCUUUUCGGAUAUACAUCUUAGACCCCCUAUAUCUUACUCAAUGUCCCAGCUCAUUUCGGCUAGCUGGCUAUACCCCAAUCCCUGCUUUGGAUCGGGCUAUGCAGGAGUUAAUUCUUUAUGCCAUUUUAAUGCAUCUAUAGUUUUGCCUAUCAAAUUGAUAAUGGAAUUCCAAUAAUUUCUUGAUUUGACGAUAAAAAUGAUACAUGGCCAAGCAUAAACCCCCACCAAACUACCUAGUCUUUAUAAUAAGAAAUAUAAGAGAUAUUGCAGUAUUUUCGCUUCUACAUUAUUAAACACAAUUAUAGCGUAUUUUGCACAUAUAUUUCAUACUUUUUCAUAUCCCAACUAUAUUCAAAAUUUUUAUAUUGCUAGCAAAUUUUGCUCAUAUUUUUGAAUAAAAUUUAAAUGAUAUAUAUCAUGCUUUAUAUAUAUAAAGCAAGCUAUUUAAGUAUUCUAAAUUAGUAAAAUGCAUUGAUUUAACGAAAUCGAUGCUAGAUGUUGUAUGUGCCUAUAAUAAAUUUGAAUUGAUUUAUUUGUCUCUAUCCAUUUUGUAGCAGAAUUCAACUGGAUUCGUGCUUAAAAUUCGAUAAUUAAGGCAUAUUCAGCAUAUUUCUCUAUUAACUCCUUUAUUUAUUAGUCUAAAAUGCUUACCACAUUAAAAUUUUGUACAUAGUAGAGAUAUGAGAUAAAAUAUUAAAUAUGUGUGUAAACAUACUAAAAAUCUCGUUUUAAUAGUUUAGGAGUGAAAAUACUGCAAUAUAUCUUAUAUUUCUUAUUAUCCAGACCAGGCAGAUUGACGGGGUUUAUGCUUGUCCAGAUACAGAACUCUUGAACCUUAUCAAUUAUUUGAAAGUUUUGCAAGAAGUAAAAGACGUUAGAGAAAUAAACAGAGAGACUUUUAAGCUUUAUUCAUUGGCAGAUGAAAGUGAAGAAAGCAUUCUUAAUAGAGUCAAAAGGAGAGUUGUGCAUAGAAGAACCAGAUCAGUGGACGAUUCCAAAAUUAAAGAGUAA